AUGCUGUCACUUUGGGUUGGACUUAUUCUUUUUUUUGGAUAUUUCGUCGGCCAGGGACUUUCAUCUCCUUUGUCGAAGAUACCUGGUCUGUGGUAUACACGGUUCACAAGUUUUUGGCUCAAGUACCAAGAAUUCACGGCUAGUCGACGAGAAUCCAUCCAUGCUCUUCAUAAGAGAUACGGACCCGUUGUCCGUCUUGCUCCAAAUGAAGUGUCGUUUACAAGCCUUGAUGCUAUGAAGGAGAUAUAUGCCUCUGGGGGCAGUGGCUACGAUAAGACUGAGUUCUAUUCUCUUUUCAAGCAGUUCAAGACAAAGACUAUGUUCUCUACGCUGCGUAAGGACGAACAUAGCAAGAGAAAGCGCAUCUUUGCAGAGAGAUACGCCAUGACCAAUGUCAUGAAAGCAAAGCCCCUCGCCGCUAUCACUGAACGUGCCAGGGCCUUUGUCAGCCAGUGCACAGAAGUCGGCAAUAAAAGUGUCGAUGUUUAUGUGCUCCUACACUGCUACGCUCUAGACUGUGUCACCCACUUUAUGUUUAGUCCCGGCGGAUUGAAAUCCCUGGACAUUCAGAAAGACUUUGACAUUAUGCAAGAGCUCACUUAUCAUCAAAGUCUACAGAAAAACCUCCUGGAGUACUACCUCCCAACACUGGCCCCAUACUUCCCCUCCUUCCUCUAUCCACGACCAUCCCCUCUUACCAACGAAUACGUCCAAGAUAUGGUCUCCCAGCCCAACGUCGAAGACUUUACCCUAGUGGAGAAACUAAAUCGUAAAGAAUCAAACCUCGAGCUCAUCCAAGCCGCGGCAGAAUGCAAAGACCACAUGGCCGCAGGGAUCGACACAACCGGCGACGGCCUCUGCUUCCUCAUGUGGGAGCUUUCCCAGCCUCAAAACCUUGGUUUCCAAACUAAACUCCGCCACGAACUGAUUACUGCUCCGGCAGAUGCCCCUUUGGAUAGCCUGGUCUACCUCGACGCUGUCAUCAAAGAAGCACUUCGUAUCUCGCCGCCUAUCCCGAUGUCAUUACCUCGUUAUGUUCCCGAUGGCGGAAGAAUGAUCGAUGCAUAUUUUAUGCCUGCGCAUACAAUUGUCAGUUGUCAGCCUUACACAAUGCAUCGGUAUCAUGAGGAUGUCUUCCCGGACCCGGAUCGGUUCUUUCCUGAUAGGUGGGUUGAGGAGAAGGGUGAUGCGGAGCGGAAUAGGUAUUUCUUCUCUUUCGCUGUUGGUGGUCGAGGAUGUACGGGCAAGAACCUUGCGAUGGUGGAGAUGAAGACUUUGUUAAGGGAGGUGUAUUCGCGCUUUCAGACUGCUGUUGCGCCGGACAUGCAUGCGUCUAUGGAAAUCGAUGAUCAAAUUAUUUCGUCAAGGCCGAAGGGGCAGACAUGCAAGUUGAUUUUUACUCCUGUUUAG